AGUUCCUCUACUGUUAACUUUGAUUAGCUGAAAAAGUGUAGUCACUGCGAAUAUUGCCAUGGCUUUCGUGCUUCUUCACUUGCUAGUACAUGUAUUACCCUUCGUUGCAACCAUUAUGGCUGCACCAUUGCCACAAGCAACUGACUAUGGACAAGGUGAGGAUGCGCUCGUAGCAGUGCUGAUGUCUAGACCCACGCGUCACUUUGUCAGAGCAUCUCGCCGUGACGGAACGUUUCACGCCAAUUCCAGGUGCACAGAGAGAGCGUUGUUCAACUUUCGACCGAGUCACUUCAAUGGCGAGCUGGUCCACACUAUACAGAAUCGCCAUACCCAUCUGUAUUGGUCAGCUGAUGAUCAAGAUACUCUACGUGCGUCCAGCGAGGUGUCCCUUGAUGCCAACGAAGACGCUGCGGCUUUCUUCAUCAUCCACACAGACGCCAAUGCUAACCUAGAAUUCGAAAGCGUCAAGUAUCGUGGACAGUAUGUGGCUGUACUCACAACAGCUCAUUCUCACAGUCGACUGGUCUUAAAGACCAAAUCACAACUACGCCUGAAUGACCCAACUGUUGGAUUUCUCUACUCUCACUCCCGACAUGUAUGUGCCUUUAAUGAUCAUGAUAGUCAUACAAGUCCUGGCAAAAAGACUGUGGGACAACAAAAUGACCUGGUUUCAAGCCCAGACCAGUCCACCGACGUUGAGCAAAACCUGAUUCGAGACGCCCUUCGGAAAAGACAAAAGUCAAAGAAAAUCGUGAAGGCCCAUCACGAAAUUCGUACUGCUGCACCUCAAACGACGCCUACCCCAACAACGAAACCUGUGGAGGACACGGGUGAGCUGACAGAUGCGGAACUAUUUGCUCUCCUAGGAUGGUUUUGAUUUGCGACUUUAAGCCAGAAUGACAUUUCCUUUGAUUUCUAAAUUAUCUUGACUUCCCGCUCUAUUUAUUUUCAUAAAUCCAGUGAUUUUAUUUACUUUCAUUUGAAGAUAUGCGAAAGAGAUAACAGAAUGAUUCAUCCAGAUAUAUUUCUACUCUUGAAUACUGCUAGUGAAUCGUCCUUUCCGAAUCUUGACAGCCAUAAUAGUAUCAUCGAAAUAAUAUUUAUUUCUGCCACUAUCUUGAAAUGUAACCUCAGACAUACAUUGUACAAGUCAUGUACACGGUGUGCUUCUCUUGUGCCAUACAUGUACAUGUAUAGCCUUUAGAAUUCCUCUCUGAAAGAUGUGUAAGAACACUGUGAACUUGUGUUCGCACAGUAUACAGUAGCCAGUUAUUUACUACGCAUUAAUUCAUUGAUUCACAA